AUGGCAGAUGCGGAAAAGGAUUAUCAGCUCACCCCGGAGCAGCUCGACUUCUUCGUCGGCAACGGCUGGCUCAAGCUCAGCAAUUGCUUCACAAAAGAGCAAGCAAAUGAUCUUCAGUCUACACUGUGGACGAGACUGGGUAUGGAUCCGAAUGAUAUGUCAACAUGGCACACCGAGCGCACCAACAUGCCGCACUGGAAAGAAUUUCAAGUCGCCUCCUUCGCGCCGCGCGCCUGGGGCGGAAUCUGCGGCCUCGUCGGCGGCAUUGAGAGAGUCGACGUCGACUCCGAAGUCUCCCUCUGGAAAGACAGUUUUAUCGUCAACCUCGGGACGCCGGAGAAGCACCACAAGCUCGUCAAGCCGCAAGAGUUGGAUAACUGGCACGUCGACGGCGACUUCUUCGUGCACUACCUUGACUCGCCUGAGCAGGCGCUGCUCGUAAUCCCGCUCUGGACAGACAUUGUGUCCGGAGGCGGCGGCACGAUGAUUUGCCCCGCUGCGAUUCCGCAUGUGGCGAAGCAUCUGUACGAGAAUCUCGAGGGCGUAAGUCCGAGGAUGACGCCGAGAAGCGAGAAUCCUGGGUUCACGCAAGAGCAGGGAUUGGAAUGGUAUACUGGUCUUGCAAAGACGAUGCCGGAUGAGGCCUUUGUCGAGGUUACGGGUGUGGUGGGCGAUGUGUUCUUGUUGCAUCCGCUCAUGCUGCAUAGUGCGUCGAAUAAUAUGCUAAGGAAGGUGAGGGUCAUUACAAAUCCGCCUGUUUCGGUCAGGGAGCCAUUCGUGUUUGAUCGAGAGGAUGGGAAUUAUAGUGCGGUCGAGCGGAAGACGUUGGCUGCGUUGGGGAAGGAGAGGCUUGAGGGGUGGAAAAUCACGGCCGAGAGGCAGAGGAUUGUGCCCGAGCGCGUAAAGAUUCAGGAGAGGAUGAAGAUGGAGGAGGAGGAGCGGUUGAGGAAGCUGCAGGAGAGCAAAGAGAGCGUGGGAGCUGCGAAACAGGUACCUACUGCUGCUUAG